AUGGGACAUAUCCAAGUUGAUGGUUGUCCAGGUAUAAGGUUGGUGGAAGAAGGUCUGGUGCUAGUGACAAUAUCAUUGAGAUGUCUGAACCAUGGGCUCAAGGUUAUAGAAGUAAGAAUUCAAGAACUUCAACAGGAAGUCCACCAGUUACAAGAAAAAUUAGCAAUGAUGGAAAGUGGACUGAAAGAUUAUAACAAGCAGAUUGAACUAAGAGAACGAGAGAUAGAGCGACUGUCCAUUGCAUUGGAUGGUGGCCGCUCCCCUGAUAUCCUCUCUCUGGAGACCAAAAAUAAAACCAAUGAAAAGCUUAUUGCUCACUUAAAUAUUCAGGUUGACUUUCUUCAGCAAGCUAAUAAAGAACUGGAAAAGCAUAUACAAGAGCUUAUGGAAACCAAGGAAACAGUAACUACUGAAGUUGUUAACUUAAGUAACAAAAAUGAAAAACUCUGCCAAGAGUUAACUGAAAUAGACCAAUUAGCACAGCAGCUGGAAAGACAUAAAGAAGAAGUGCUGGAGACUGCUGAUAAAGAACUUGGGGAAGCAAAGAAAGAGAUUAAAAGAAAUCUCUCUGAAAUGCGGGAUCUUGAAGAAACAAUGGCAAAACUUCAACUGGAAUUAAACUUGUGCCAUAAAGAAAAAGAGAGACUGAGUGAUGAACUCCUUAUGAAAUCAGACCUGGAAACUGUUGUUCAUCAGCUUGAACAAGAAAAGCAAAGACUUACCAAAAAAAUUGAAAGUUUUGCAAUUACAGAAAGAGAACUUACUUUGGAAGUUGAGAGGAUGAGGCUAGAACAUGGAAUAAAACGUCGAGACAGGUCACCUUCUCGUUUAGAUACAUUCCUGAAAGGUAUAGAAGAAGAACGAGAUUUUUAUAAGAAAGAGCUAGAAAGACUCCAACAUAUAAUACAGCGAAGAUUUUACUCUACAAAUGCUGCACGUGAGAAAAUUCCAACAUUUAAAGCUCUAGAAAAGGGUGAUUACAAUUCAGACAUUCAUCUGAUCACAAGAGAAAGAGAUGAACUUCAGCAUAUGCUUGAAAGAUUUGAAAAACAUAUGGAAGAUAUUCAGUCCAAUGUUAAAUUAUUGACAGCAGAAAGAGAUAAACUAAGUGUCUUAUAUAAUGAAGCUCAGGAAGAAUUAUCUUCAUUAAGACAAGAAUCCACCCAAAGCACAGCUUCCCAAAAUAUUGCUAGUCUUAUGGAAAAGGAAAAAGAAGUUGCAUUAUCUGAGUUAAGGAGGAUUAUGGCAGAAAAGGAAGCUUUAAAAGACAAGUUAAAACAUCUCCAGGAAAUGAGUCUAUUUGGAAAAUCAGAAUUAGAGAAAACUAUCGAACAUCUGACAUGUGUUAAUCACCAGUUUGAAAAUGAAAACUGUGAAUUAAAGUCUAAAAUAUUAAUAAUGAAAGAAACAAUGGAGUCAUUAGAGAACAAAGCAAAACUUCAAGCUCAAAAACUUAACCACGUGGCUGGCGAUUCAUCUCUUCAGAAAACAGAAAUGAACACACUUAGGAUAGUAAAUGAGCAGCUACAGCGGUCACUUGAUGAUUAUCAGCAUCGACUUUCUAUGAAAAGAAAUGAACUUGAAUCAGCCCAAGCACAAACUAAAAUACUGGAGGAACAAAUAGGUAAACUACACCUUAAGAUGACUUCACAGGAUGAAGAGGCUCAUGUAAUGAAAAAGACCAUUGGUGUUAUUGAUAAAGAAAAAGACUUUCUUCAGGAGACUGUAGAUGAGAAAACAGAACUGAUUGCAAACUUGCAAGAAAACCUAGCUAAUAAAGAAAAAGCUAUUGCUCAGAUGAAGACAACAGUCUCAGAGUAUGAAUCUUCUCUGAAUCAGCUAAAGGAAACACUAACUAAUCGGGACCGUGAGAUAGGCAGCCUCCGACGCCAGCUUGAUGCAGUUCACAAAGAACUUGAUGAAGUAGGGAGGUCUAAAGAAAUAUCUUUUAAGGAAAAUAGAAGAUUACAAGAUGAUCUGGCUACAGUGGCAAGAGAAAACCAGGAAAUCUCUUUGGAAUUGGAAGCAGCAGUGCAAGAAAAAGAAGAAAUGAAGAGUAGAGUUCAUAAUUAUAUAACUGAGGUGUCACGAUGGGAGAGCCUGAUGGCUGCUAAGGAAAAAGAAAACCAAGAUUUGUUAGAUAGAUUUCAGAUGCUUCAUAACCGCGCUGGAGACUGGGAGGUCAAAGCCCAUCAAGCUGAGGGAGAAAGCAGCUCAGUUCGGCUGGAACUUCUUUCUAUUGACACGGAGAGGAGACACCUUCGUGAAAGAGUGGAGCUAUUAGAAAAAGAAAUUCAGGAGCACAUAAAUGCACAUCAUGCUUAUGAAUCUCAGAUCUCCUCAAUGACAAAGGCCAUAUCUAGAUUAGAAGAAGAGCUGAGACAUCAAGAAGAUGAAAAAGCAGCAGUAUUCAGUGAUAUGUCAUCUCUUAGAGAACUUUGUAUUAAGCUUGAUUCAGGCAAAGACAUUAUGACCCAACAAUUGAAUUCCAAAAACCUUGAAUUUGAGAAGGUAGUGGCUGAAUUAGAAAAUGUAAAAUCAGAAUCAGAGCUAUUAAAAAAACAACUGGCAAGUGAGAGACAUACAAUUAAAAACCUUGAAUUGUUGUUGGCUACGAAUAGAGAUAAAGAAUUUCAUUCUCAUUUAACCUCCCACGAGAAGGAUACAGAAAUUCAGCUACUUAAAGACAAGUUAACCCUUUCGGAAAGUAAACUAACUAGUCAGAGCCGGGAAAACACCAUGCUUCGGGCUAAAGUGGCACAAUUGCAAACAGAUCAUGAUGCUAUGAAAAGGCAGAUUUCAACUGAAAGAUAUGAACGGUAA